CCUUUGUUCUCCUUCUCUCUGUUCCCUUUAGUUUUUAGGGUUCUUUUCUCUGUUGUGCUUGCACUCUUUUUGCGAAACCUUUGGCUUAAUAUACCCGGGAUCCGGAGAUCGUUAUCACGUCCAUUGAAUUUUAUGUCUGGAUUCGGAAAUGGGCGAGGAUCCAGGGUUUUGUCCGGAUAAUUCUAAGCUAGGGUUUUUCGCUUUCCGCUUGAUUUUUCUGUUGCUGGAGCUUUUAUCGAGAUUAAGCGUAUGUGAUUGUUUCUCUUGGUUUCGAUUCGGUUCUGAUUUUUGGGGGCUUUUUUCUGAUUAGGGUUUCGAAGCUGUGGUGAUCUAGAAAUGGGAGAUGAGGCUGACGUUGUGGAUGAGUCACACCCAGAAAAGAAUACGGUUAAGGAGGAUAGGGUUAGCGGUGAGAAGGUAGAGAAGAGUGAGUUGGUGGGAUCUGAUGAAGCGAGAGAUGCAGAAGACGAGGUUUUUGAAGAAGCAGUCGAUUCACAGGAGGAUUUCCCCGAAGAUGGUCGAAAACCUGAAUCGUCUGAAGCCAGUGCGGUUCACGAGGAUUCGGCUUUAGAGGUAGCUGCAGAUAAUUCAAAGGGAGAGUAUGAUGUGGAUGAUUUUGAAGAGGCGACAGGCACUCCUAAUGAUACAAGUAACAACGAGGCGGAAACAUCGGCUUUGAAGGUUGAGAAUUUGGUGGAUGCCAAGUGUCAUCUCGAGGCAAACGUGCCGAAUACAAAUGGCGAAGGAGAGGCUGAAGCCGAUUUUGCUACUCCUGAAAUAAAUGGUGAUAGAGGGGAAUUCAUUGGUGGUGCUAAUCAAGCUGCGGAAAUUGCAAAUGCUCAUGUUGAAGUAAACUCGGAUGUUGUUAAGAAUCCUGAGAAGUUCGAUGCCACAGAUUCCAAUUCACUGCUUGACAAUGGGAGUAUGGAGAACGGAAAUGUCAACUUGAUCGAUGAAAAUGGUGUUGGCUCUCAUGAAGAGAAAGAACCAGGCACUGAAGUUGUGUUAAAAGAUGCUGAACCCAAUGACUCAGGGGAUAGCAGUAUUGAAGACGGAAAUGAGCUGAGUGCUUCUAUCUCAGCUGGCACACGACUUGAUCAGCAGGUUGAUGGAGGUGAAGGAAUGGAUAAUAGUUUCUCUGAGAAGGGCUCAGUAUAUGAAAGCAACGACCCAGGUGCAAAAAGAAAUGGUGAUCUCAGUUCUGGAAAUGAGCUUGCUGGGGAUGAAACAGCUGGAGAAGCUUUCAGUAGUCAUAUCUCUACUGAGGGGGAUUACACAAAGAGUGACGUUAGAAACACUUCUGGUGACAUGACGUCUUCCAUGGAGAAGAUUAUUGUUGAGGAGAAGGGAGAAGCUAAAGGUCAUAGUAAUGGUUUGGAACCAGUGGAUCACUUGGUUUCUCCUUCUCUGAGCUCAAAUUCAGAAUCCGCUGAAGUUCAGAGCAAUAAUGAUGUUGCCGAGGGAAAGGAUAGAGAGAGUGAGGCUGCACAAAGUAUAAAUAGAGAACAAAAUGUUCAACAGAAUGCUCGAGUGAACAAAGAACAUGAGCAGCAGCAAAGCAGCGACGCUAAUGUAGAACAUCAGAUUAAGGUAAGCUCACAGGUGGGUAGAGAUUGCGAGGAACCACGUGCUGUGAGUUCUGCUUUCCCAACAGAGAGUAGAAGUAAUCUUGCAACAUCGCCUCCUGUUCCUCCAGCUGGUCUAGGGAGAGCUGCUCCACUUUUAGAACCUGCACCACGUGUUUCUCAACAGCCUCGUGUCAAUGGAAGUGUUUCCCAUACACAAGCUCAGCAAGUUGAGGACUCUACUGCUACCGAGGCUGAUGAGCAUGAUGAGACACGUGAAAAGCUCCAGAUGAUCAGGGUGAAAUUCUUGAGGCUUGCACAUAGGCUAGGGCAGACUCCACAUAAUGUCGUUGUUGCUCAGGUUUUGUACAGGCUUGGACUAGCUGAACAGUUACGGGGCAGAAGUGGCAGCCGUGUUGGUGCCUUUAGUUUUGACCGUGCCAGUGCCAUGGCAGAGCAACUCGAGGCAGCUGGACAGGAGCCACUUGAUUUUUCUUGUACGAUUAUGGUGCUCGGGAAAAGUGGAGUUGGUAAAAGUGCAACCAUCAAUUCCAUAUUUGAUGAGAUGAAAUUUGGCACCGAUGCUUUUCAGAUGGGAACGAAGAAGGUUCAGGAUGUUGAGGGUUUUGUCCAGGGAAUUAAGGUUCGGGUGAUUGAUACUCCGGGCCUCUUACCAUCCUGGUCUGACCAACGCCAGAAUGAGAAGAUCCUGAAUUCUGUUAAGAGUUUCAUCAAGAAGACACCACCCGACAUUGUAUUGUAUCUUGAUAGAUUGGAUAUGCAGAGCAGAGAUUCUGGUGACAUGCCUCUCUUGCGUACCAUCACUGAUAUUUUUGGACCGUCUAUAUGGUUUAAUGCGAUUGUUGUUUUGACUCAUGCUGCUUCUGCCCCGCCAGAUGGUCCAAAUGGCACAGCUUCUAGUUAUGACAUGUUUGUAACACAGCGUUCUCAUGUCAUCCAGCAAGCCAUUCGUCAAGCAGCUGGGGAUUUACGUCUCAUGAACCCUGUUUCAUUAGUUGAGAACCACUCUGCUUGCAGGACAAAUCGGGCUGGCCAGAGAGUAUUGCCAAAUGGCCAAGUGUGGAAGCCUCAUUUGCUGUUACUCUCUUUCGCAUCUAAAAUUCUCGCUGAAGCAAAUGCUCUUCUGAAAUUACAAGAUAAUAUGCCCGGGAGGCCAUUUGCUACUCGAUCCAAGGCACCCCCUUUACCAUUCCUCCUUUCAUCCCUUUUGCAAUCGAGACCACAAGUUAAGCUUCCCGAUGAUCAGUAUGGCGAUGAAGAAGCUGAGGAAGAUGAUUUGGUUGAGUCGUCUGAUUCUGAGGAAGAGUCAGAAUAUGAUCAGCUUCCUCCCUUUAAGCGCUUGACCAAAGCUCAGAUGUCUAAGCUUAGCAGAGCCCAGAGGAAGCAGUAUCUUGAUGAGCUGGAGUAUCGGGAGAAACUGUUCAUGAAGAAACAGAUGAAAGAAGAAAGGAAGAGACGUAGGAUGAUGAAGAAACUUGCUGCUGAGAUCAAGGAUUUGCCUAACGAGUACAAUGAAAAUGUAGAAGAGGAGAGCAACGGACCUGCAUCUGUUCCAGUUCCCAUGCCAGAUUUGGCGCUGCCUGCAUCUUUUGAUUCUGAUAACCCAACUCAUCGUUAUCGCUACCUUGAUUCCUCCAAUCAAUGGCUUGUGAGGCCUGUCUUAGAGACACAUGGUUGGGAUCAUGAUGUUGGCUAUGAAGGUGUGAAUGUGGAACGGCUUUUCGUUGUCAAAGAUAAAAUACCGGUAUCUUUCUCAGGCCAGGUGACAAAGGACAAGAAGGACGCGAAUGUCCAACUUGAAAUGGCGAGCUCCGUUAAACACGGGGAAGGUAAAUCGACUUCGCUAGGUUUUGACAUGCAAAAUGUUGGAAAGGAGUUGGCUUACACUCUCCGAAGUGAAAUGAGAUUUAACAACUUUAGGAGGAACAAGGCUGCAGCUGGUCUAUCUGUAACACUCUUGGGGGAUUCACUGUCUGCUGGUGUGAAGAUUGAGGAUAAGUUGAUUGCGAAUAAAAGGUUCAGAUUGGUUCUGUCUGGUGGGGCAAUGACUGGACGGGGAGAUGUUGCUUAUGGUGGCAGUUUAGAAGCUCAGUUGAGAGAUAAAGAUUACCCGCUGGGUCGGUUUUUGACAACUCUUGGACUAUCCGUGAUGGACUGGCAUGGCGAUCUAGCCAUCGGGGGAAAUAUACAGACCCAGUUGCCAAUUGGGCGGUCUACGAAUUUAGUGGCUCGUGGAAAUCUGAACAACAGAGGAGCCGGGCAAGUGAGUAUCCGUUUGAACAGCUCCGAGCAGCUCCAACUUGCUCUGGUUGCAAUGGUUCCUCUGUUCAAGAAGCUAGUUAGUUAUUAUCAGCAAAUGCAGUACGAACAAUAAUAUCAGGUGGGGUUGCAUCUCAAGGAGUAAUAUAGGUUGGUUAUGGAUAAGUCACAGGAACAGAGUCUAGAGCUGAGCUAAGGAAAAACAAAAGGACAAGGAGGGGCAGCUGCAUCUUCUGUCCUCUGUGUUCAGGUUUUGUUCAGAUGAAAGGCAAAGAGCAAUGGUGGUGGUCUUCACCCUUUUCUGGUUGCACUAGUGUCCCGAUUUAAGACAUAUAAGUAUUUUGACUGAUUAGAUUCUGCGGUGGUACUGUUUUCUUCACCCUUUUGGUAUCUUUUUUUUAAGAAUAAAAGCAUAUAUAUAUAUAUAUAUUGUUCUUUGUUCGUUUGGGUCAAGACAUAAUAACACCUCUUGUCCAAAGAGUAUUAUUGUCUGUUUCAUCUUUAUCUCAUAAUAA